AUGACACAGGAAGAAAAUAUCCUAAGGUGCAAUUUUAAUACUGGUGGGGACGGUUGUGGCAACCUCGUCGAUGGUGGUGGUGAAGGAGUGGAUGAUGGUGGUGGGAGUAGAUCAAAAAAGACCAAGCAAAAAAAAGUCCCACAGAGAGGAUUAGGAGUUGCCCAGCUUGAGAAAAUUAGGUUGGAGGAACAACAGAAAAAGGAGGCAGCUGUACAAGCAGCCAAUAUUUUGGCAAAUAAUGCAAUUGGUUCACAUAAUGAUUCUACUGCAUGUUUAGCUAUUCCAUGUCCCAGUUUUAGGGCAAAUCUUUGCCCUUCAAAUUCAAUCCCCUUGCCACCACUAUCACCAACUGAUCUACCCUCACUGAAUUUCUUGCAUAGGCCUGUCCAAUCGAACAAAAAUGUCAAUGUUCUACACCCAAAUUCUGUUCAAUUGUCCAAACCCUUGAAUAUAGGUGGAAAUGAAAUAGGUUUGCCAGCAACUUCGGGUCCUGGGCAGGGCAAUUGGCCUAGAUUGUGGAAUGGUGAGCAGAAUCUUGAAGGGGAAAAGCAAAUGUUAGAUCAUCGUAGAUUUGCAAUUUGGCCUCAUAUAAAUUUUCCGUAUGAAUCAAAUGCCCUGGUUUUGCCUCUUCCACAAAGAUCACAUCAAUUUCAUCAUCCUUCUUCUUCAUCAAUGGUGAAUGUCUCUUCAGGGACUUCAUCAUCAUCUGUACUGAAGUUUCAGAUGGAGCCCCCUUCAAACCAAAGUGUUCGUGAUAACAAUUAUGCACCCUUGUCACCAAAGGAAGAGAAGAUGAGUGGCAUGAAAAGGUCAUAUCCCUUCUCUCUAGCAAGUCCAACAGCCGCUUCUUGUCAGUGCAAAUAUCAACCUACGCAUGGUACUUCAAGAUCCCGAUCAGACGAAUCGGCUUCGUGUAGCAAUGGAUGCACAAAUCAUUUCGAACCAAGCAAUAUAUGUAUCAGAGAAGACCCUCCAAACAUAAGCCUGCCUGAGCAAAGUGCUAGUGGUGUAAUCAGAGAAAACAAAGAACUGAAUGGAGAUUUUCUCACAUUGGCUCCUCCUGCUCCCACUACCCAGCCUUUGAACUUUAAGCAUAAGCAUCCUCUGGUAUAUUCAGGAUAUCAGGAGCAGGAAUUAUUUGAUUUUUGGUGUCCGUCCAGUCAGGAAUUCACCAAAGACGCGAUCCAAAGGUCAGGACCAAGUGGAUCUAUAGAACAACCUCCUUUUAGCUUCUUCCCAACUAAGGUGACAAUUGACCAAGCAACGACAACCCAUGUCAGGGAUGGCAAUGGUAAAAUAGGGGAACCAAUUGAUCUCAGCCUGAAAUUAUAG